AAUGAAUCAAUAUAUGCGAAUAAAACCUGUUUUUGCAACAUUCUAUCCAGAUUAAUGUAGAAAUCAUUCAAAGGAAAAUAGAGUUAGUUCAGGUUAUGCUUAGAGUAGAUUAGAUGAAAAAUCCUAAUCUGUAGAUAAAUUUAAAAAUCAAGUGAUUUAAUUGUAAAAUCAACAAAAUGAUUUAAAUGAGCAUAUGUAAAUGUAAAUUAGUAAAUUGAUGGAAAGAAUGAAUAAUACAGAAUAACAUAUUGCUAAAAUUUAUGAGAAUGGAUGGAUGGAUGCAAUUAAUAUUGUUUAAGAAGACAUGCACAAAUUAGAAUUUUAACUAUAAAAUGUUUAAAAAAUGCUUAUAAUUGAAGAAGAGAAAUCAUAAUAAUUUUAUAUUGAGCAAAUCAAUUAAAUGAAAUAUUCUGUUUUAGAUUAAAUUAAUAGUAUGGAUUCAGAAAUUAAUGUAAAAAUCGAAGAUUUAACGAUUAAAAUAGAAGAAUAUAAUCAAGAAUUUAAAUAAAAAAUGGUUGAAACUAAUGAUUUCGAUAAAUAUUAACGAUUUAAUGAAGAAAUGUCAUUAUAUUUAAAAAAUAAUAGUUAAAAUCUUAUUCUAUCACCUAGAUACAAAAGUAGAUCAUAGAAGUUAUCAUUGCCUUAAAUAAAUGAGUUAGAAGAUUCUUAAUAACUUUAAUCCUUUUAAUUUUUAUAAUCUCAAUCCCUAUAGUAUUAAUUAGACAAUGAAGGACACUUACUCUUAAAUGGUGAAUACAUAUAUGAUAGCAUAGGUAAUAAAUAAUAAUUAUCAAAUGAUUAAAUUAAAUAUCUAAAUUUAAUACCGAAAUGA